AACCUUGAAAUCUAUAGUCACAUUGCUGCCUCCGGUGAUACUAUGAGAUGCCCUUGGUCUAAGAAUCCGGCUCCUUUCAUAUGGUGUGCACUCUUCAUAAGUAUAGAAUUGCUUAUCGUUGUUGUCUCGAUUUGUCUAAUACUAUUCACAUGCUUCAAUAUCGUUGACCCGAGGAUCCCCAACAUAAGCGUCGUGGAUGGUCACCUCGAUUCCUUUAGGUAUGACAUAGAAGGAGUAAUGCAUACAAACAUAUCAAUAUCAAUCGAAGUUCAUAGCACUGAUGCAAACACUAAGAAAGUGCAUGCUGAAGCAUACUAUGGAAUAAGCUAUGAAGGCCAACCAAUCAUAGAUUUAGGAAUUGGUGAGUUUGAAGCUGAAAAAGAGAAACCAAUGGUUCUUUCAUUCUUGUCUCCGGUUAUGGUAAAUCUAAAUCCACCACAAAGGCAAGUAAUGGAGUUUCAGCUUAAAAGAAAUUUGAUCAAGUUCGAGAUCAGAGGUGCAUCAAAGACUUGGUGGCAAUUUGGAUUACUACGAGUAGUGAAGAUGAAGUCUUCACUUGGCUGUGAGCUUAAGUUUACACCGUCUAAUGGUAGCUAUGUCCCGUCUCCUUGUACUUCUACUCGUAGGCCAGUACGUUUUGCAAUCAGCAAACUUUAAAAGUGAUAUAAAAUUAUAUAAUGAGUUCUAUUUGUAUUUUGUAAUACAAAAUAAUUAACUACUUUUCAUUUUUAUAAAAUAGAAUCAAAGAAAGAUGGGAAGGAGA